AUGGCGAUUAGUAAAAUGUGUGGAAAGUUUGAUACUUUUUGGAGGUUUUUUCGCGAUGAAUUGAAAGAAUCUAAAGAAUAUGAUUUUAAAAGUACAUUUUUUAAUGAAUACUGCCAUAAUAAUAAUAAUAAUUGUGAAAGUGAUGUUAAUAAGAUUAAUGCUGGCUGCUUACGGUUAUUUAAUGAUAUGUUCGGUGAUUAUGGUUCUGCAUUUGAUUCUAAUACUUAUAAGGAUGAAAUAGUAUGUAUUAUGAUAUGGUUAGGUUAUAUAUUAAGCCUAAAGUCCCAUGAUGAAAUCAACACAUUAAACGAUUUUUAUUCUAACCAUAUACAAAAUAACGAGGAGUACUCUAAGAAUAAAAUUAAUGAUCAAAAAUAUAACAAUUAUAAGAAAAUUAUAGACGAAACAAAGGAAUAUAUGGAUAUUAAUAUUAAUGAUAUGUCUAAAUUUUAUGAAUUACUUAAAUUAUUAUGUAAGAUGAAUACUGGUUAUACGAAUAAAAAUAGUAGUCAAAUUUCAGAACAUGCUGAUAAAUUUGUUAAUAAAUAUAAAGAACUUUUUAAUGAUGAUACUAAUAUUGAAAACAGUACAUUCAGUAAAGUAUUACUUGUUUUAUCCAAUUAUUAUAAUAAUAUUGAAGCAGGCAGACAUUAUAAUGAUAUAUCAAUAAAACGCCCUUCAUUACCAACAGAAAAAACAUCAAAAAAUGUUAAUGUAGGAGAUUCUAAAGAAAUUAAAACAACUGAAUCUUCGAAUGAAACGGGUAAAUCAGAUAUUGAAAUGAUAACCACAAUUUCUAAUACUACAUUAUCAGGAUCGUCACUAGUAAACAAAAUAAUUCCAGUUUUAUCGAUAUUUGGUGCAAUAGCAAUUUUUUUAGGAAUUUCUUAUAAGUAUUCGUUAUUUGGAUUUCGGAAACGAUCUCAAAAACAACAUUUAAGAGAAAAGCUAAAAAAAUAA